AUGCAUGCUCUUGAUCUCAACCUUAUUCAAAAUCACCUCCGGCUCAACUUUCAGAUUGACCCAGAUACAAAAGGGGGGGACGGAACGGUAUCAGGACCCUGGGUUUCGAAAGAUCCGUUGGUAUCUUCGAAAAACGACAUCAAGGCUCUGGACAAGUGCCAAAAGCUAGUGCAAGAAAACCAUCCGAAACUUCUCUACAAGCUCCUGGAUUUCAAUCGCAAAGUUCUUUACACAUUUUGCGUGGAGCACGACGUCAAGGGCCCUGGUCAUACAAAGGUAGUUGGAACGAGAUGGGUGCUUGCCAGGAACAUACAUCAUUGGCGACAGGGAUCAAAUCCUGAAUUACUUGCAUUUCUAUCCUCGGCACUGACUAUGGAUGGGAGCACGACGGAAGCUAACGAUGAGGGAGUAACAGCAGCGAACGGCCCGAGGAGUUCAACGGAAGCAGAGAACAUCGAACAAACUGGUGAAAGUGAUCAGGAAUCCGCUGGCCCCCACUCUCCCCGCGGCGAAGAAAAUUUUCUCGAUGAGGAGCCAGAGACCGUUGAUACUGGAGUCGCUGCAGAUGAUGUCGACCCGAAGCGUGUCGCACGAGUAAUUCGUCAUCUCAUCGAUAAGGAUGAUCUCGAAGGAUCAAGGAAAAAAGCGUACACCUAUGCGAAUAAUCCUGUUUUGAUUUACUUAUGCGAGCUUUUGGGAAUUGAUCACGGCCACGUCAAUCUAAAGAAAAGAAACACAGCUAAAUCUCAGUUGUUCCAGGCCGUCAUAUCCGCCAUAGAUAAUAACCCGGAAAAUACCGCCAAACUUUCGUCCACCCAACCUGAAGUUGGUUCUCGAGCUGUCUUGGGUAGCGAUGUCAUGGAGGCCGUCUGGGAAGAUAUGGCGUUCACACAGCUUCCGUCAUGGGUCGGUUUGGUGCCUCGCAACUGGGGCACUGCCAAACGGGGGAAGCUUACCGCAGACAACUGGCGGGUGAUUUGCACGGUUCAUUUACCCAUCACCUUAAUCCGACUGUGGAAGGACGAAACUGGCCGCAAAGCAGAACUCCUGCAAAAUUUCAUGGACCUGGCUACUGCGGUACGCAUUGCCAACAUGCGUGUUUCUUCCAAAAAUCAAGUUCGGGCCUAUAAUUUUCAUAUUUCUCGCUAUGCAAGCGCACUCCCGACCCUUUUCCCAGAUGUCUCAAUAAAGCCUACUGUUCACGCGGCGCUUCACCUUGGCGACAUUAUGGACCUGUUUGGACCUGUCCAUUCACACAGCGCGCCCUUCUAUGAACGAUAUAUCUAUUUUUUGCAGCAACUGAACACUAAUAAAAAAUUGGGUGCAUAUUCACUCCAUAUUGAUCAGUACCUGUCGCUGAUCAUGACCCCCCCCCCCUCUCUCUCUACAGGCGAUCUGGAAACAACAUUCAUGAAGGUAUCAUCCCGAACAGCUAAUCUUCGUGCGAUUCUUGCCGAUGACGAAGCGGUACGCCAAAAUGUCAUGGAGCUGGUAAAAAGCAUAAAGGCAAUUGAGCAGGAAGACAUCCGUGGCUUCCGCCUUGCAAGCAUGCUGGAUCCUACGCUACCUGAUUACGCAGACUCAAGUCUAGCGCCUUUCACGCUCAGUGGGGAACCAUACCAGCUUCUAUGUGGCAUCUUAGGAAGUAAUCCGUUGAACGGCAAUGCAGUCCGUCCCCAUGCUGAGGCUUUCUCUUUAAAUCGCAUUGCAAGACGCGGCGUGUCAUAUGGAACAUGCGCAUCUCCAUCAUUCCGUGAUAGUGCAAUCAUUUUUAGGGGGAGUAGCAGUGUCUCACCGCACGCUCAUGACCUCCACAAGACGGGAAGGAUCGAGAAAAUCUUCCAGCAUGUCUAUCAAGGAAUCAAAACAUUCUACUUGGUUGUUCGAGAGCACCAGAGGAUCGAUCCUAGCAUCGACCCGUAUGUCAGGUUCGGUUUCGCGGGGGGGUAUCUAUGUGAGAAGGUGCCAAGACUACUCCACCUUAUCAUGCUCGAACAGGUUGUAUCACACUUUGCCAUGACAAAUCUGCGCAGCGAUGGGCAGAAAUACCUUAUCCAUGCCCUACCAAUCGAUCGGCUCAUGUUGUCCUUCAAACUAUCUGAAGAUAUUCAUGCCGGGGGAACGAAUUUCAGCAAUGAUGAACAGACUAGUACUGCUCCCGUGGAUCAGCCCUAG